CUGCUCUCCCUGAAUAUAACAGAAGCCCUGUGCAUUCACCAGCCGGUCCUCGUCAUGGCUGCACGGUCGUCUGGGAAUGUGAUGUGGAGAAGCAGCUGCCUCCUGUCGGGCCGCGUCGCUGCAGUCUGCUCCAGGGGGGCGGGAAGCGUCUCCUCAGCCUCCGAGCCUCUCUCUUCCCUCCAGGACAAGCCUCGGACACUGGAGGACCUCCCACGAGUCACAUUAUGGGAGCUCUUAUACAGGAUGACGUUUCAGGGUUUCCACAACCGUAUGCAUGAGCUACAGAUCUAUGAGAAGAAGCUCUACGGGCCCAUAUACAGAGGCGCAACAAACCACAUCUGUGUGAACACACCACAGCUACUGGAGGAAGUCCUGAGGAACGAUAACAAACUCCCCAGCCGAGGAGACAUGGCCGUGUGGAAGGAGUACCGCGACAUGAGAGGGUUCGGCUACGGGCUUUUCACAGAAGACGGGGAGAAGUGGUACAACUUCAGGGCGGUGCUGAACAAGCGCAUGCUCCAUCCGAGGGACUCUGCACAGUAUUGUGACACCCUCAAUGACGUUGUGACAGACUUCCUCAAGAGGGUGUGCUACCUGCGGCAGGGCAGCCCCACAGGGGAUCUGGUGCCCGACGUUGCCAAUGAGUUCUAUCGUUUCUCUCUGGAGGCUAUUGCCUCCAUUCUGCUCGAGACGAGGCUCGGGUGCCUGGAGAAGGAGAUCCCCAAAGGCACGCAAGAGUUCAUCAACUCAAUAUCCAAGAUGUUCUCGUACAACUUCAUUGUGACGUUGAUGCCCAAGUGGAGUCGCAGUCUGCUGCCCUACUGGGGACACUACAUCGCAGGCUGGGACGGCAUCUUCAACUUUGCUACAAACUUGAUUGACAAGAAGAUGGAGGUCCUUCAGCAGCGUUUGGAUGACAACCAGGAUGUGGAGGGUCAAUACCUGGCUUACCUCCUCUCAAACACUCAGAUGAGCAUGAAAGAUGUGUACGGCAACGUCUCUGAGCUCCUGUUAGCAGGAGUGGACACGACCUCCAACACCCUUACAUGGACUUUGCACCUGCUGUCCAUAUACCCUCAAGCUCAGGACAGACUUUACGAAGAAGUGUCCACGCUGGUGCCAGCGGACCGGAUACCCUCUGCAGAGGAGGUCACUCAGAUGCAGUACUUAAGGGCUGUUAUCAAGGAAUCACUGAGGAUGUACCCUGUGGUUCCCAUCAACGCCAGGGUCGUGACGGACAAGGAUAUAACGAUUGGUGGAUAUCGGUUUCCAAAGAACGUGGGUCUGCAAAGAAAAAUAUCUGAUGUUUAUAAGUUUAAACAUCUAGUCAUGAUGAGGACGUAUUCCCAGAGUCGUUCACGUUUAAGCCAGAGAGGUGGCUCCGUGACGGCCACAUCAGGCCGAACGCCUUCGGGGCCAUCCCGUUUGGCUUCGGAGUGCGAGGCUGCGUCGGUCGCCGGAUUGCCGAGCUUGAGAUGUAUCUGGCUCUGUUUCGGCUUAUCCGGCAGUUUGAAAUCAAACCAGACCCGACGGUGGGGGAGCUGAAAUGCAUCAACCGCACAGUUCUGGUACCAGACAAACAACUGAACCUUCACUUUGUGGACAGAGGAGGAGAAAACACUGCUUGAUUUGUUUUUCCCGAUUGGUUUGAAAGUAAAUGUUGUAUGUGAAGAAAAAAAAAAAAAAAAAAAAGCUGUUUAUUCAUCCACCGAUCAGCCAAAAUAUUUCAACAUCCACAUGAAUGUCAUGAAGCAAAAGCAUCAAAGCGUCACACUGCCUCCACCUACUUGCCUUCUUCCUGUAGUGCAUCCUGGCGCCAUCUCUUCCUCGGGUAGGAGACGUUCAGGUACCCACAUGAUGUAACAGAAAACUUAACGUCCAGUUCUGAUGCUCACGUGUCCAUCGUAGCCACUUUUUCAGCAAUUCAUGCUACAGCAGCUCUUCUGUGGGGUCGGACAACGCAGGCUAGCCUUUGCUUGCCACGACCAUCAAUAAGCCUCGGGCGCCCAGCCCCCCCUUGUCAGCUGUUGUCCUUCCUCAGGCCACUUUUUUGAGAAGUUUCAGAGAUGUUCUGACCCAGGCCCGUGUCAGACUCACUCAGAUCCUUCCAUUUUUCCUGCUUCCAACACAACAACUAGGAGGACAAAGUGCUCACUUGCUGCCUGAUAUACCCUGCACACUAACAGGUGCCAGUGUAACAAGAUAAUCAAUGUUAUUCACUUCACCUGUCAGUGGUAAAAAUUAAAUGGCUGAUCUGUGUAUUUGUUAAGAAUGUCUGAUAUGAAUGAGUACAUUAGCAUUUUAUCAAUACUCUUAUCGGUUCCUUUUCAAGAAUUCAGGAACAGGCCUGAAUGUUUUAAAUAUGUUGUUACUGGUGCAGCAACAGUCAUUAUAGGAAGAAAAUCACUAUAUACUCAAUAAAAUAUCACUGGAAGCAAACCUAAAAUAAAAUUAACAGCAGCAGCAAGUUUGAAAUGUCUGUUAACACAAACUGACUGCAUGAAUUUACCUUUCUGUCUGAUGUACGAGAGUGACUACAUGAAACUGUUUAUCAAUCAUAGUUUGCAAGAAGAUUUACUUAAUGAAAUAAUAAAUGUAAAAGAUGUGAAUUCAUGGACUUUUGAAUGAAAUGUUCUUUUUUUAGUUCAACAAGGAGGGUGAGGAGUCAUGAUCCGAGCUACACAGUCCUGAUCUGCUUGUUCCUGGUUUACUUUAUUUAAAGGUGCAGUGUGAAGGAUUUAGUGGCAUGUAGUGAUGAGUCUGCAGAUCGCAACCAGCCUCCCCUCUUCACUUGCUGUUCAAAACAUGAAAACAUCCUGGACUCUGGUAGAAUAUAAGGCUCAUAA